CUCUCCUUCUUGCGACUUAUACGGAGUGCACACAUUUACGUGUGGGAUGCUUGCUGCUCUUCCUUGCUUUGCUUAGACUGUCUGAACUUGUGGAAUAUAUUGCAAUUAUACUCAAUACGCAUUGAUUGUUAGCCAAUGGUUUCUGCUUAAGAUUAGCGCUCGUGUUGUUCAUAAUGGUCGCAAGCUCUGCUACCCUUGCUUUCCGGUCUGCGGGCUUAAGGGCUCGCGCUCUUCCGCUCGCCCAACGAUCUCCGAUUUGUUAUAGUCGCGCUGCCGUACAACUACAAAGCUCGUUGAGAUGCUACUCCUCGGAAACAAAACCCGAGACGGCCAAGAAGGCGAAGGAAGCCGUUAAAGAGACCACUGAGAACGCUAAGGAGGCUAUAAAGGAGAUUAAGGAAGCUCCCAAAGAGGCCCCGGCACCGGCCCCUGCACCGGCUCCCAAGAAGGGAGGUCGCCGGUCUAAGAAAUUAUUCCGUACAUCGUUGGCUUUGGUUCUAUUGGUUGGUUUUGUCUACGGGUCGGACACCAGGGCUAGCAUUCACCGAUUUGCGGUGCCUCCCUUGGUCCGGUUGCUGUACCCUGAUGCGGAAGAGGCGCAUCAUUUUACUGUGGAGACAUUGAAGCAACUCCAUCGAUUUGGUCUUAAUCCCCGGGAGCGUGGAAACCCGGAUGGUGAUGGCGCGUUGGCAACAGAGGUUUUUGGAUACACGCUCUCCAACCCAAUUGGUAUCUCCGGUGGCCUUGACAAGCACGCGGAUAUCCCAGACGCACUUUUCGAUAUCGGACCUGCGAUCGUCGAAGUUGGCGGUACGACUCCGUUGCCGCAAGAAGGAAACCCGCGACCCCGUGUGUUCCGUCUCCCAUCGCAACAUGCAAUCAUCAACCGGUACGGUCUGAAUUCGAAGGGCGCAGACCACAUGGCGGAGGUUUUGCAGGAGCGUUUGCGUGACUUUGCGUAUGCGCACGGCUUCGGUGAACACGAAUUGGCUCAGGAGCGCGUGUUGAACGGCGAGGCGAACGUCCCGCCAGGCAGUUUGGUGCCCGGCAAACUGCUCGCGGUACAGGUGGCCAAGAACAAGGCCACGUCGGACUCGGACAUCGAAGCCAUCAAGCGGGACUACGUGUACUGCGUCGACCGUCUGGCUAAGUACGCCGAUAUCCUGGUGGUAAAUGUGUCGAGUCCCAACACCCCUGGUCUCCGUGAUCUUCAGGCGACGGGGCCUCUGACGGCCAUCUUGAGUGCCGUGGUUGGCGCAGCAAAGGGCGUGGAACGUCAAACCAAGCCGUUCGUGAUGGUCAAGGUCAGCCCGGAUGAGGACGCAGACGAACAAGUGUCUGGCAUCUGCGACGCCGUGUGGGGCUCCGGCGUCGACGGAGUCAUCGUGGGUAACACAACCAACCGGCGCCCGGCGCCGCUACCUAAGGGAAGCACCCUACCAGAGGGCGAACAACCCAUCGUCAAGGAAACAGGCGGCUACUCCGGCCCCCAACUGGCCGACCGCACGGUUGCGCUGGUUGCACGAUACCGCGCGCUCCUUGAUACGCCCAACAUGCCGGAACUAGAGAAGCGCAUGCAAGAGCAAACGGCGACGGCUAAGGAAGCGGAACCAGACCGCGAGAACGUACCGGCGGUGGGAGCCGCAGAGCCCGUGGACAAGUAUGGUCGCAAGACGAUCUUCGCGUCUGGGGGUAUUACGAAUGGAGCACAGGCGCGGGCGGCCUUGGAUGCAGGGGCUUCCGUGGCGAUGAUGUACACGGGGGUCACGUAUGGGGGGAUAGGCACGGUGACCCGUGUGAAGCAGGAGUUGAGACAACAGAAGUGAUUGAUUAAUCAGUGUUGUCAGCUGUUUGUUCUUGUUCACCGCUGCUGCGUCGAGAGCUGUAGCUGUAGUGCUCUCUCGUCCGAAUAAAAGCAGAAACAAAAGGAGAACAAAAAAGAAAUGAAAGAAGAUAAAAUCUUCAAGCUCAUCUGACAUGCAAAUAAAGCUUCAACUAGCCCCAAAUAGGUGAACCCGAGCAGGUGGAUCGAUCUGGACCAUU